AAACGCAACUCUAAUAAAGAAAACGUAAAAAUGAAAGGGAACUGAAGUAACAGAAAAAGAGAGAAAGAGAGAAAGAGAAGACUCUUCUCUCACGUUCACAUUCACAUUCACGAUCUGUCCAUCUCUCUCAUCCAAUUCUUCCUCAAUUUUCAACAACAUCUCUCAACCCUAACCCUAAUUCCUCAUUUCUCCAUUUCCCAGAUCCCCAAUUUCUCUCUAUAUAUAUCUGUGUUUGUAUCUAUAGGUUUUGGUGGUGGUGGUUAUGGCGUGUGUGAAGGGGGUUAACAGAUCGGCGUCGGUGGCGUUCGCGCCGGACGCCCCAUACAUGGCGGCGGGGACUAUGGCCGGUGCGGUGGAUUUAUCCUUCAGUUCGUCGGCGAAUCUCGAGAUCUUCAAGCUCGAUUUCCAGUCCGACGAUCGUGAGCUCCCCGUUGUCGGCGAGUCCACGAGCUCCGAGCGAUUCAACCGGGUCUCUUGGGGGCAGAAUCCGUCCCCCUCGGAGGAGUUCUCUCUCGGUCUCAUCGCGGGUGGUCUCGUCGACGGUAACAUUGCGAUUUGGAAUCCUCUUUCUCUGAUCCGCUCUGAGGCAAGUGAGAAUGCUCUUGUUUCACAACUUUCGAGGCAUAGAGGACCCGUUCGUGGUCUGGAAUUUAAUGCUCUUUCCCCUAACCAUCUUGCUUCUGGGGCUGAUGAAGGUGAUAUCUGUAUAUGGGAUAUAGCAAAUCCGGCAGAACCUACUCAUUUUCCUCCUCUCAAGGGUAGUGGAUCUGCUACUCAAGGUGAAAUUUCAUUUUUAUCUUGGAACAGCAAGGUUCAACAUAUCUUAGCAUCCACUUCAUAUAAUGGGACAACUGUGAUUUGGGACCUAAAGAAGCAAAAGCCAGUGAUUAGUUUUUCUGAUUCCAAUAGAAGGCGAUGCUCUGUUUUGCAAUGGCAUCCUGAUGUGGCCACUCAACUUAUUGUCGCUUCAGAUGAUGAUAGUUCACCUUCUUUGAGGCUUUGGGAUAUGCGGAAUAUAAUGACACCAGUGAGGGAGUUUGUGGGGCACACUAAAGGUGUAAUUGCGAUGUCGUGGUGUCCCAGUGACAGCUCCUAUUUGCUUACCUGUGCCAAAGAUAAUCGGACAAUUUGCUGGGACAUUGUAUCUGGAGAGAUUGUCUCUGAAUUGCCUGCUGGAACCAACUGGAAUUUUGAUGUACACUGGUAUCCAAAGAUACCUGGGGUUAUAUCGGCAUCUUCUUUUGAUGGAAAAAUUGGCAUUUAUAAUAUUGAGGGUUGUAGCCGAUUUGGCAUUGAGGAGGGUGAUUUUGGUGCAGCACCAUUGAGAGCCCCAAAAUGGUAUAAACGGAAAGCAGGAGCAUCUUUUGGUUUUGGAGGCAAGCUUGUUUCGUUUUUCUCUAAUGAUGCUUCAGCUGGAGCUUCAGAGGUUUAUGUGCAUGACUUAGUUACAGAACACAGUUUGGUGAGCCGCUCUUCUGAAUUUGAAGCUGCAAUACAUAAUGGGGAGAGAUAUUCACUAAGGCUUUUAUGUGAUAAAAAAUCUGAAGAGUCCGAAUCUGAAGAUGACAGAGAAACAUGGGGCUUCUUGAAGGUUAUGUUUGAAGAUGAUGGGACAGCAAGGACGAAGUUGCUUACCCAUCUUGGUUUCAGUCUACCUAUUGAAUCAAAAGACAAGGGGCAAGAUGAUCUCUCUCAGGAUGUAAGUGCUAUUGGUCUUGAAGAAAAAGUAGCAGAUAAAGGAGGAUAUGUGGCGGAUAAAGAAACCACCACCUUCCUCUCUGAUAAUGGGGAAGAUUUCUUUAACAAUCUUCCAAGUCCUAAAGCUGAAACACCUGUGUCUAAUUCUGGGGAUAACUUUACUGUUGGAGGCUCCGUUCCCAGCGUGGAAGAAAUGACACAAGAAAUGCAUGUACCAGAGGAGAGUGUUGACCCCUCAUUUGAUGCAUCAUUUGAUGAUGAUGUUCAACGUGCAUUGGUUGUUGGGGACUACAAAGGGGCAGUUGCGCUUUGUAUAUCUGCAAAUAAAAUGGCUGAUGCUCUAGUUAUUGCUCAUGUUGGUGGUGCUUCCUUGUGGGACAGCGCACGGGAUCAAUACCUCAAGACGAGCCAUUCUCCUUACUUGAAGGUUGUUUCUGCAAUGGUCAACAAUGAUCUCAUGAGCCUUGUGAACAGCAGGCCCCUGAAAUCCUGGAAGGAGACACUUGCCCUACUUUGUACUUUUGCACAGAGGGAGGAGUGGACUUUGCUCUGUGAUACACUUGCUUCUAGGCUCAUGGCUGUUGGUAAUACACUAGCUGCGACUCUUUGUUAUAUAUGUGCUGGAAAUAUUGACAAGGCAGUGGAAAUUUGGUCACGCAGUCUGACAGCAGAUCAUGAGGGGAAAUCUUAUGUCGACCUUCUUCAGGAUUUAAUGGAAAAGACUAUAGUCCUUGCUUUGGCAACUGGGCAGAAGCAAUUUAGUGCGUCUUUGUGCAAGCUUGUUGAGAAAUAUGCUGAAAUAUUAGCAAGUCAAGGGCUUUUAACUACAGCUAUGGAGUACUUAAAACUAAUGGGAACUGAUGAAUUGUCUCCUGAGCUUAUGAUCUUACGAGAUUGUGUUUCACGGUCCACAGAAGUUGUGAAAGAAGUACCCAAGUCUAUGGCUUUUGAAAACCCUCAAUCACAAACUGGAUCCUUAUAUGGUGCUGAUCAAUCCAGUUUUCGUGCAGUUGAGGCUUCUCCAAAUUAUUAUCAGGAAGCACCAUCACCACUGCAGCAGAGCACUCCAGGCAUUCCUUAUGGCGAAAAUUACCAACAGUCAUUUGAUUCUUCAUAUGGGAGAGGAGGAUAUGGUGCUCCUGCCCCAUAUCAGCCAGCGCCCCAGCCUCAAAUGUUUUUUCCAUCCCAAGCACCUCAAGUUCCCCAGAUGAACUUUGCUGCACCUCCUGUUACCACUCAACCUACAGUGAAACCCUUUGUUCCUGCAACCCCUCCUGCAUUGAGAAAUGCGGGGCAAUACCAGCAGCCCACAUUGGGUUCUCAGUUGUAUCCGGGGAUUGGCAACCCUAAUUAUCAAGCUGGUCCUCCUGGAGGUGGUUCUCUUGGCCCUAUUCCUUCUCAAGCUGGUCCAGUUCCUGGGCAUAACAUGCCCCAGGUUUUGGCUCCAACCGCAGUAUCCAGGGGAUUUAUGCCAAUUAUGAAUUCAGGAGUUCAAAAUCCUGGGAUGGGUCCAACCCAACCAUCCAGUCCUACUCAGCCUGCACAAGUACAACCGGCCGUAACUCCUGCAGCUCCGCCACCUACAGCGCAGACUGCUGAUACUUCAAAUGUACCUGCCCAGCAAAGGCCUGUUAUCACAACUUUGAUGAGACUUUUUAAUGAGACAUCAGAAGCACUGGGAGGUUCACGUGCAAAUCCAGCUAAGAAGCGGGAAAUAGAAGACAAUUCCAGGAAAAUAGGCGCCUUAUUUGCCAAACUUAACAGUGGGGACAUAUCUAAAAAUGCUGCUGAAAAGCUUGUUCAGCUCUGCCAGGCUUUGGACAAUGGUGAUUUUAGUACUGCCCUCCAAAUCCAGGUGCAACUCACCACUAGUGACUGGGAUGAGUGCAAUUUCUGGCUUGCAACUCUCAAACGAAUGAUCAAGACUCGACAGAAUGUGAGAUGAAUUGAAAGGGUAAAUUCCACCUCACCCACCCAGCAUCCAAACGCCAGUUUGCAAUUCUUGAACUUGUGGUGAUGUUGUUGGCCACUGAUGCCUUUUGUCGUUGUACACAAGAACUCACAACUUCAGAUAUGUUAUGGGCAGGUUUCUGGUUCUUCCAUCUUUUUUGCUUCCGAAUUUCAUGCUGUUUUCAAAAAGCAGUUAGAGAAGAUAGUUGUCGGACAUUAAUAGAAACUGCUGAUUGUUUUUCAAUUAUAUCUUGUAGUAUUGAGAAAUAGAGUUUGGGUUUUGAUUUUUAUAUAUGAUUUAGUCAAUUACAGUCCCCAUCCAGUGAGCUGCUUUUGGUGAUCAACUUCCGACUUUUUGUCCCCCCUAGGCUUUUGUGAGGCAACUGAUUUGUACUUCUAAUGAAUGAAUAUUUAAUAAGAUCGAUCAAAUUCUAGUUUUGUUUA